CGGCCAGCAGUUUGACCCAAACCGAGCGUCCGGGCGCACAUCUCGCUCGCGCAAGUCGGUGAAAGUAACGGAAAAGGAAAUAAACAUUGGAAAGAAGCGCCUCGGAAAUAAAGCACCACGCGCUCCAACUUCCAUCUUCAUUUUUUUUGUUCUGUUUUAUUAUUAUUAUUAUUAUUAUUAUUAUUAUUAUUAUUAUUAUUAUUAUUAGAUCCAAAACACCACUUUCUUUAGAGUUUAAUCACCACAUACAGCCGCGCGCGCGCACUUCUGAGCGCGAUGUGAGGACCGGGGAUCCCGUUACAGGUGACGCCGUUUCACGGAACCCGAAGGAAACAUGUAAAACACCGCGGCUAGAUCUGCGGGGUUGUUUUGUUUUGUUUUGUUUGUUUGUUUGUUUGUGUUGGGGCUGGGGGUUCUCGCACCGAGUUGCAUCCAUGAUUCCGCCAGCCAACAUGACGCAGACCGACAGCGACGGGAACGGGAACGAGAAAGAGAAAGAGAAAGAGCCAGUGACGGAGCAGAGCGAGCCGCCUCAGUCUCCGACCUCCGCGAGCCAGCACGAGUCCAAGCUGCAGAAGCUGAAGCGCUCGCUUUCCUUCAGGACCAAGAGCCUCCGCAGCAAAAGUGCCGACAACUUCUUCCAGCAUCCGAGUCCCGAGGUUAGCAACAGCAACAGCACAGGACAGCUAAGUACCAUCGGGGUGUCUGUCUUGCCCGAGUCCUGUUACAUCCCACCCCUGAGUCCGCCUCCCAUAAUGCCGUCUGGACUUCCCCUGACCAUCUGCUCGCCGUCGCGUGCGCCGCGUCCACCCGACCCCACGGCACACACCUUCCUGGAGCACACGUUCAAGAAGCCGCACUUCUGCGACCUCUGCAACCAUAUGAUUGUAGCUUGCCAAGGCGGAGCAGGCAAAGUGUUCGGCCCCAACGCCAAGCUGGGACUCCGCUGCAAAGCGUGUAAAAUGGGCAUCCAUCACAAGUGUCUGAACAGGGUGGGGCAGCAGAGGUGCAUGGGCAAACUGCCCAAAGGCUUCAGGAGGUACUCCAGCUCCCCGCUGCUGAUCCAGGAGCAGUUUGGCUGCAUUAAAGAGGUCAUGCCUAUCGCGUGCGGCAGUAAGGUGGACCCGGUGUACGAGGCGCUGAGGUUCGGGACGUCCCUCGCUCAGAAGACCAAGAGGGCCAGCGGCUCAGACUCGCCUCCUAGAAACUCAACCAGUGAUCUUGCUGAGGUUCCCGAGGAAGCAGCCCACUGCAGUCAUGCGCAGCUCACCAGGAAACACAGCGACAACGUCUUCACGUCUCUGGAGAACGGAACAGAAACCUUCCUCACAGAAGAGAAGAAACCGGAGGACUCACAGACUGAUGAAGAUGAAGAUCUGCAGAAGGACAUCCUGCCUCUGAGCACAUACGUGGCUUUGUACAGAUUCACCCCGCAAGAAAGUCAGGACCUGGAGCUGAGACCCGGGGAUCGGAUAAUCCUGGCAGACGACUCUAAUGAAGACUGGUGGAAGGGCAUGAUCGAGGACAGGAUAGGUUUUUUCCCAGCAUCCUAUGCGCACCCGGUGAAGGAAGGCGACCGCGUGUUCAGGUGUAGCCGCACGUUCAUCGGCUGUAAGGAGCAGGGCCAGAUCACCAUAAAGGAGGGACAGAUCUGCGUGAGCGGCGAGGACGAGAGAAACGGCUUCAUCCGAGUGGCCAGCGGAAAGAAACGAGGCUUCGUCCCCUGUGACGUUCUGGAGGACAUCUGAACGACAGGAAACGAGAGAUACGAGAAAGACGGAAAGAGAGCGAGAGAUCAGGGGGAGAAGAUGCGCCUUCGGAAACAGGAAGUCGAGCUUUUUUUUUUUUCUCUUUUUUUAAAACACACACACACAAAACAAACAAACGAACGAACAAGCGAGUUCUGUUUCUUCUGCAUCCCCGUGUGUGUGACGACGAGAGGACGGGAAUCGGACGGACGGGGAGACCUCUCGACUUUAAACGUAGGCGCUUAAGGAAAAGAGCGCCGGAUGAUCACACGGCGCUCGGAGCUUUUUUCACGCGAGGCAGAAUCCAGUUUGCCGUACGAACCCGACAUCGCCCGGCUCACUCGUAGCUCAGAACCUUCCGGUGAGAAUAAGCGCUCGAAACAUAGUACACCCUGGGAUUUGAACAAACACACGGCCAGAGGAAUAUCAAAUACUGUUCGUACGAUUGUUCUUAUCAACUUCUUUUCUUUAGAAUCCACUUCUCUCUCUCUCUCUCUCUCUCUCGUUUUUUUUUUUUUUUACUUCUUACCGCUAGUAAAAGUUUGUGUCCUCGUGACCUUGGGAUAAGAAAAAGUGCUGCACCGGUGACAGAAAGAUGCUUUUCGCAUAUCACGAAAUCGUCGGGUGUGUGUGUUUUUUUUUUGUUUUUUUUUCUUUCUCGAAACGAGGACGUGACGGCGAACAAAGACGCUUUUUUUUUCUCUCUCUCUCUCUCUCGCCUGCCAUGAAAGGAAAAAUCCUCGUUCUCAACCAGAAAAGUGUCGUUUCGUGACAGAGUCCGUGGAGGAUUUCUAAAUGACUCUCGUGAGGACUUUUGUGCUCUACACUGCCUGUUAAUUUUACUGUAGAUCAUCAUAAUAAAUGACUUCCAGCUUAGCAACCAAAUCAGCCCUUGGUUUAAUACGCUUGAUGGAAAUCUGACGUUUUUAUCGACAUCGACAAUGAACACAGUGUUGCUAAAACUUUUACCCAUAGGACUUUAUAUAUAUAUAUAUAUAGUAGCAUUAUUGAUUCUGACAUUAUAACUUACGCUUCUUUGAAGAGAUAAAUCUGCAAGACCUUUUGAGUUUUUGUUGAUUUUUUGAUUUUUAAUCCACACGAGGAAUUUUUCAUCUAAAAAAAAAAAAAAUUCGCUAAGAUGAGACCGGCUGUACACUCCCAGUCCAAACUCUGUACACCCCUGCUCAUGGAAAGUCUUCAUUUGUACAUUGUUUUCCAACUCUCUUCGCAUGAACUAUGAAAUUCCUCAGCGGCGAGCAAGAAAAGCUCAAAAAUUCCAAACUAUUUCUCUUUAAUUCUUAACGGUACUCAUGCUAAGAAUUCACGUAUACACUUCAACCCAGUUCAGUCUUUUAUUAGUUUAGCGCUUUUAACAACGGGCGUCGUCACAACGCAGCUUUACGGGAAUGUAUAUCGAUUCCGGAAAUAAAAUUCGACAUUUAGAGAUUCGUCCCGGAUUUAUGCACGUUCUAGUUCCACCUCCCGAACGAUCGGGAUAAAACGGAGCUCCUCGCCGCGUAUAGCGUGUACUUUUAAAACGUCACGUCGGGCAAAAAAAUGACGUGUUUUAACGGAGACGUGAUCGUAAUGCAUUAACCUCCCCGCUUACUUUUGUCUUAGAGACGAAUUUUAGCCCUUUUUCAACAUGUUUUUAAAGAUGAAUUAGUUUGUUUUUGUUUUUUAUUAUUAUUAUUAUUAUUAUUAUUAUUAUUAUUAUUAUUAGUCUUACUAGAAAGAUAAGCUGGAAAAAAUGUCGAAAACGAAUUAAAACCUUUGUUUUUAAUUUUGUAAUUUUUAAACAUUUUUUGUGUUUACU